AUGCGCGGCCAGCCCUGGAAGGAGCUGUUCAUUGCAGAGGACGGGCACAGUGCUGACAAACGUAGGUUCAUCGUACUUCUUUGUACCUCUCUCGUACUGCUUAGUACUUUUUUUUGUAAUGUUUCGUACCUUUUUCAUACUGUACUGUACCUAUUUCGUACUGUUCUUUACCUCUUUCAUACUGUUUUGUACUUCUCAGAAAACGCUUUUCUAGUUUACGUACUACUUUUCGUAUCUUGAAAUCAGCCCUCACUUCCUGACAUGACACUUGACUUACAAUAUGUCACCGUUAUUGUGUAUCGGCUGUCAGUUUAGGUUGACAGUUUCGUCUGGACGGUCAAUCUGCGCGCCCCCACAAUGUCAAAUCAAUAUUGAUAGUAUUUACACUAGCCAUAUUGAUUUGACAGUUAAUUUCCUUGUUUUAGUUUGAGUUCAGUAUAAGAACAAAGCCUUUCAAAAUUUUCAAGUACUGUCAUGCCAACCUUACUCUAGAUAUUGGUCAAAUUUAAACCAAUUUCAACUUCUAUUUCAAUCAAAAUUAAAAUUUUCCGCCCUUUUCAGGAUCAGUGGCAUAUCUGCCAGCCGGACUUGACGAGUAUUCACCAUACGGUUCAUAUUACUACAGUGACGACACAGAGACCUCAAGGCCAGCCAAGCGCGGUAAGCUAUUAGGUGCCGACCAGGGCCGGGCGCGAGAGGGGGGGGGGACGGGGGAGGGGGGGGGGAGUACCCCCCCAGAAAAAAAAUUUUCGAAAAAAUUUGAACGUGGUCCCCCUGUGGAUUUUUGGAAAAAAAUUUUCGCAAAAAAUCGGCACAGGUAGCUCCUGUGCCGAUUUUUCGGACCCCUGCCCCCAGACCAAAAGUCCCCGCCCGGCCCUGGUGCCGACAUAAAGAACCCGCCAUUUAUAUCAUUCAAGUGUGCAUGCGGUUAGCUCAGUCGGUAAAGCAACGAACUUUUAGUCUGGGAGUCGCGGGUUCGAUCCCGCUUGGGGACAAGGCUCUUUUUGGGGGUUUUAUCACCAAUUUUUUAAAAUUUUUAAACUGAACAGGCUUUAUAAAAGAUAGAUUAGUAUUUUUUACAUCAAAUAUUUUCAUAAACUAACGUUUUUCAAUUUAAAAAUGCACUUUAAACUCAAAAUCUUUGCAACUACCCCUUUUGCCCCACUUUUAAUGCUUCCAACAAGCCUAUGGCGCAUUUUUCCAACUCAAAAACCAUUAAUAACUAUCCAAAUGUAUUCAAAAAAACUAUCUUUAUCCCUUCAGAUGAGCAAGCUAUGCCAGGUGUGCUAAGGUUUGGCAAACGAGCCGACAUGGACAAGAAGGAAAUGCCCGGAGUGUUGCGGUUCGGCAAACGCAGCGAUGGAGAACAAGAAAAGAAGGCGGUUCCUGGUGAGUUCGGCUUGAAUUUUGAUGUCAAAACCUAAGUUAGUGAUAGGGUAGAUUCCAAAAAUUAAUUUUAAUAGCAGUUGGAGAUUCUGACGCAUCAUUUUAGCCAAGUUUUACAUAGUAAUAUCAGCGUGAAUUUGAAAAAACUUAAUUUUUAAUCCAAAAAUGUUGUUUUUUCUUCCGUUUUCGGUUUACAUUUGCUUCAAACUCUUCAGAAUACCGUAAUAACCUUUCUCUUUCCUCAAAUAGUAUCAUAUCCUAAAUUUACGCCUCUUUAAGCCUAUAUUUACACUUCCUUAAAGCUAAAUUUACGCCUCAAACCCAACUUUAACCAAGCUUGAACCUAAUCUCACGCAUCCCUCACCGCCAAAUCUACACACUCCUCUGGCCUCCAAAUCUGUCAAGUUUAAAUACGUCUCUUGCUUCCAAAUUUGCAUACCCCGGCCAUUAAAAUGGCGUUAAUUCGAAGGCGUUUUUUCGCUAUUUUUAACCAAAUUUUUGCGAAUUCUCCCCGAAAUGUUGUAGGGUUUAUUAAAGCGUAAAGUAACUUUGCUCUCUCCAAGGAGUAAUAUGAAUAUUUAACGGCUCAAUUUGCUUGAUUGAGUCUGCACGGCGUGAUAUCACCCAAUAUAAGAGCGCAAAAGGACAAAAAAAUUUUUUAUUUGAAAAAAAUAAUUUUUAUGAUUUUAACCUAAAGGUCUAUUUUAAGCAUAAAAAAGCCUGUUUUAAGCCUAAAAGUUUAUUUCAAGCCUAAAAAAGUUCUAUUGUAAGCCUAAAAGCCUAUUUUAAUCCUAUAGGUCUAUUUUGAAGCCUAAAGAUCCAUUUUAAGCAUAAGUGUCUAUUUUAUGCCAAAAAAGGUAUAAUGUAAGCCUAAAAAUGUAUUUUAAGCUCAUAUGUCUAUUUUAAGCCUAAAGAUCAAUUUUGAACUUAUAGGUCUAUUUUUAAGCCUAAAGUCCUUUCUUAAGCCUAAGGGUGUAUUUUAAGCCUAAUAAGAUCUAGUGUAAGCCUAAAAGCCUAUUUUAAUCCUACAGGUCUAUUUUUAAGCCUAAAAAUCUAUAUUAAGCUUAAGUGUCCAUUUUAAGCAUAAAAAGGUGUAUUGUAAGCCUAAAAAUCUAUUUUAAGCUUAUGGAUUUAAUCUUAAGCCUAAAGCUCUAUUUCAAGCAUCCAGGUCUAUUGUAAGCCUAAAAAUCGUAAAAUGUAGGCCUAAAAACCACUAAAAACUAUUUUUUUUUCCAAAAAAGUUUCAAUUUUUCAAAAAUUUAAAAAACCCCUUUUCAGGUGUUCUUCGAUUUGGCAAACGCUCCGAAAUGCCGGGAGUGUUAAGAUUCGGCAAACGCGACGGCGUGGAGAUGCCGGGAGUGUUGCGUUUCGGCAAAAAGUCCGAAAUGCCCGGAGUUUUGAGAUUCGGAAAGCGCAGUGACAUGCCCGGCGUUCUGCGCUUCGGCAAGCGGGGCGACAUGCCCGGUGUGUUGAGAUUCGGCCGCAAAUGA